AGAAGGGAAAUGUUGUAGGAAAAUUCAAAUGUAAUUCAGUAACAGAAUCUUGCCUGCACUGUCCUACUGCAGUUUUCAUUUGCAAGCUUUAUACAUCUUUUAUCCCUUUCUUCAUAUGCAUCUCUGUCUGGUUCUCUGUUUUUUCCUUACAAUGGAGAAUUCAAGCAAAAGUAGUUUUUGCCUUCAAAACCUCUUGUUUCUCCUGCUUCCCUGCCUCUUCUUCUUCGUCCAAUACCUUGUCGUUCCCGUAACAGGAGAUAUCCAUGUUACCCCUUACAUCCCUACAGAAAACAUCACAAUUGAUUGUGGUUCUUCCACGAGUGGCCAAUCUUUUGAUGGCCGUCCUUGGGUCGGAGAUGUCGGUGGAAAAUUCAUCCUCAUAGAGCAACCAAACAAUAAGAACAAAUCAUCAGCGGUUAAACUUGAAUCCCAACUGCCCUCAUCGGUUGAUCCGCGCCCUUAUUCCACAGCACGUCUAUCUUAUUCAGAGUUCAACUAUUCAAUUCCCCUCACCGCUGGCCCAAAGUUCAUUCGCUUCUACUUCUAUCCAACUUCGUAUCCAGGCUUUGCAGAAGACCCUUCUAAUAAAGCUUUCUUCUCUGUUAAAGCUGGUCCUUUUACCCUUCUCAGCAACUUCAGUGCUUUACUUCAUGCUCGUCGUGAACCUACAGUUGUCAAAGAAUAUUGUUUAUAUGUUGAUGAUUAUCAAAGUUUAAACUUAAUCUUCACUCCAAGUCCUGAUAUCACUCAUUCUUAUGCCUUCAUCAAUGGAAUCGAAGUUGUUUCCAUGCCAUCCCAUCUAUAUUAUGCAGCAGCCGGAGAUGAAGAUGGGGUAACUUUUACAGGCCAGGCCCAGGGAAAAUUGUACCCCCUGGAAAAUAACAAAGCCUUUGAGAAGAUGUACCGAAUCAACGUUGGUGGGAGCGAACUCUCGCCAGGAAAAGAUUAUGAGAUGUUCCGGCACUGGUUAAGUGACGUCGACUAUGUGACAAUAAUGAAACCAAGUGCUCUUCCUGUUAAUACCAGUACUGAGCUCACCUUCAGCAGUGAAACCCCAUCCUUCACUGCUCCAAAGGAGGUUUAUACAACUGCCAGGAGCAUGGGAACGAACAAGACAGAGAAUGAGAACUACAAUCUCACCUGGGAGUUUCCUGUUGAUUCUGAGUUCAAUUACUUUGUAAGGUUACAUUUUUGCGAGUUCCAAAAUGAGAUAACUCAACAAGGUGAUCGAGUCUUUGAGAUCUUCUUGGCUAAUUUAGCUGCGGAGACUCACGCUGAUGUUAUAGUAUGGAGUGGUGGGCAUGGGUUUCCAGUAUACAGGGAUUACGUAGUGGCAAUAGGAACACGAGGAAACCAAAAACAGCAAAAUCUGUCUGUUGCUUUGCAUCCUUCGCCAGCUUGGGGAACUCUUUAUUCUGAUGCAAUCUUGAAUGGCCUGGAAAUCUUCAAACUGAGCAAAAGUUUUGUUCUGGCUGGACCUAAUCCUGAUCCAUUACCGGUAAAUGAACUAGGAAAUUCACCGCAAACUUCAAUCAAUUCCAAGAAGAAGAACAAAGCAGUUUUUGGCAUCGUGGGAGGCGCAAUAUCGGGCUUCGUCGUUCUUUCUCUUCUUUGUUUCUUCAUUUUCCGUCGAAAGAUGAGAGUCAAAGACACCAAGGGAGUUUUACAGCUGAGUCAGUAUUCCUCUACUGUGAAAUCGUCCAAGUCAACCAAGUCUCGUGGCUCAUCUCUGCCUUCCGAUCUUUGUCGCUACUUUUCACUGGCGGAGAUCAAAGCUGCAACCCACAACUUCGACGAUGUUUUCAUCGUCGGCGUCGGAGGUUUCGGCAAUGUGUACAAAGGAUUCAUCGACGGUGGGGCUACACCAGUUGCAAUCAAGCGGUUGAACCCGGGGUCUCAACAAGGUGCUCACGAAUUCAGGACCGAGAUCGAGAUGCUUUCCCAGCUACGCCACGUCCAUUUGGUCUCAUUGAUAGGCUACUGCAACGAUGACGAAGAGAUGAUCCUCGUGUACGAUUACAUGGCCAAUGGAACACUUCGUGAUCAUCUUUACAACACAGAAAACCCUCCUCUUCCAUGGAAACAACGGCUAGAGAUUUGUCUUGGUGCUGCAAUCGGGUUGCAGUAUCUUCACUCGGGUGCUAAACACACAAUCAUUCAUCGAGACGUCAAGACGACAAAUAUCUUAUUGGAUGAGAAAUGGGUGGCUAAGGUUUCGGAUUUUGGCUUGUCUAGAGUUGGCCCGACCAACAUAUCGCAAACUCAUGUUAGCACAGUGGUGAAAGGCAGUUUCGGAUACUUGGAUCCCGAGUAUUCUCGUCGUGGACAACUGACAGAAAAAUCCGAUUUAUAUUCAUUCGGAGUGGUCCUCUGUGAAAUAUUAUGUGCUAGGCCACCCCUUAGCCGCUCUGCUGAGAAGGCUCAGGUAAGCUUAGCACCAUGGUUUCAACAAUGCCAUCAAAAUGGAACACUUCACAAAAUCAUCGAUCCAUUUUUGAAAGGUAAGAUUGUACCCGAGUGUUCGAAAAAGUUCAUUGAAGUGGUAAUGAGUUGCUUGAAUGAAGAAGGAUCCAAGAGGCCAUCGAUGGAUGCCGUGGUAUGGGGCCUACAGUUCGCACUUCAGUUGCAAGAACUCGUGGAGGAGGGGCUUACGCCUAAUGCCGGUGCCGGUUUUGAAGGAGACUUCGAUGAGGAGACACCUUUUGCAGCCUAUGCAAUGGAAGAUGACAGUGGGGAAGUGUUCAGUAGCAUUGGCGACCAUGUGAUGAAUUCCAGGAGCAUUAGUACUUUCAGUUUGACAACAAGUGAUGAACAAAGUUUUAUUACCAAGGAUUCUGGUAAACACUCGUCCAAGGCAGUAUUCUCCCAGAUUAGAGAUCCCCAAGGACGAUGAACGAAACCUGCAGCUUGUUGAUUAGUAAUCUUCAUAGUAAUUCUAAGUUGAUUCGAGAAAGAUCCAAAAUAAUUUUUACUUAGAAUUCAAGAAAAAAAUGUAUUGUAAUAUAAGAUGUUUCAAGGUAA